UCAAGGCUGGAUAUAAAACAUUGAGAGAUCAUGUGACAUCUUCAAGGCAACAGACUCUGUCUUUCAUGACCAGAACAAGGUCCCAUUCACUGGGAUACCAGUUCUAGAAGACCACUGCCCUGCAUCCUCAGAUCAGGUCUCUGUCAAGUACUAAACAAAGCCCGAAUUGCAUCAAAAAGCAUCUUUAUCUACCCAAAGCUCCUCCACCAAGGCCAAGAAGGUCCCACAUUGGACAGAAUUGCUUGGGUGGGGAGGAUGACUGGAUUGUUCCCAUAUUGCUUUUUCAUUGCUUCUAUGACCUCCUCACACCUGGAUGCCCCCAAAACUCAAGAUAUCACUGCUGAGUAACAAUGUUCAGAAGAAAACAAUGACUGAUCUACACCUGCAAAUCAUGUAACCUUUUCUCAAGCUGAACUCCGAUCAGAAAGACUGUUCUCCGAGCUUUAACAAGUCAGGAAAGAUGCUAUCUACAUACCAAACCCUUCUGAAACAUGAUUUUUGGAUUCAGUUUAAAGGAGAAAUCUCUUGGCCCUGAGGAUUUCCGUUGCCACAUUUAUUAUCAAUUUUAAGCGGCACCUUUUGGAUUGUGAAUCUCUUGCAGGUAGAAUCCACAUCUACAGGACCCAGUGGUGUACCAGGCACGUAGUAGGUGGUUAACAAACUUUUGUGUGAAUCCAAGACAUGUAAUUCCUUCAAAUACAACAUACAUUCAGAUAACUGCUGACAUCUAGCCUGCAAUGUAUAAAUAAAUGUUUGCAUACAUAGAAACAGAGGUAUAUAGUGGCCAUCUAGAUUAGCAUUACAAACCUUAACCCCAGGCAGUGGGCUCUCGUUGCUUUGAGAAUGCACCAAAACCAUACCGUGAAUGCAGGCUGGAUACAGAGUAUGAGUAGAGGAUGCCAGGUACCCUGAUGCAUGCACUCUCUGGAUUGAAGAAGGGUCUUUCAUUCUAGUCUUUCCAACAUUCAACCAGGAGAACCACAUGGGGAGCUCUAGGAUUCUCCACCUCUGAGGCCGCCUUGUGACACGCACAACAGAUCUACCGAAGCAACCACCUCCAAAGCUUGGCACACUAGCACAGUAGGGCCACAGGCCACCCUCUGGCCUCUCUGCUUCCUGAUCAGCUCGCUGACAAUCUGCAAAGAACAACUCUCACUUCAGAGCCUUCAGCUCCCUUAACUAGAAGCGACUUCACCAGCCUGUGCCCUAUGGCCUGGUGGGUCCUUACUCUUAAAAUCAGAGGGCCAAACCAGACGUCCUUCCUUGACUCCAAAUGUGCUUUUCUUCGUUUCCCAAGUCAGCGUUUGCAUCUGACACAGUUACGAAGGCUGUUCCUGCAAGGGACCUGGACAAGGGCGUGCUGAGUCCUGAGUGAGGAAAUACAUGGCCAGGAGCACUCAGUUAUUUUCUUCAAUACUGAGGGAUGGACGAGUGUCUGCUGUGACUGGAGAAAGUGGGAAUGCGCCCCCUUCCUCCUUUUAUAAUUCAAAGCCCAGACUCCCCUUGGGGCUAGUCCUCUACCUGGGCCCCUCAUCCAGAAGGGAAAAGGGACUAUUUUCGUUGGUCCCCAGCUCCCCAGGGACGCUGCACAGCUCGCACCCACGGAGCCCAGCCCAGGAUGUUCAGCCAGACCUAGGGCGGCCCCGCCCCUACACGAACUUGACCGCACCCUCUUUCCCGGCGCGGCCAGGCCUGACGUCACAAGGCACUCAGCCGCCGGCACCCCGCGGUGCGCACCCUGCACCCGGACCGGUCCCCGUUGUCCUCGCUGCUCUCCCGGCGCUCACCGCCAGGCGCGCGCGCGCGCGUGCCCGCCCGCCUCCCUCCCUGUCCCCGUCCCCAUCCCCGUCCCCGCCAGCAAAACACCGCUGAAGAUGGCGAGCCCGGCGCCGGAGGAGCACGCCACGCAGGGAUGCCCAGCUACGGAGGAGCAGGAACCGCGACCCGGGGUUCCCGGGGAGGAGGCAGGGCCGGAGGGCGCCGGGCCGCAGGUGGAGGAGGCCGCGGGCAGAGUGGCCGCCGCCCUGACCUGGCUACUCGGGGAGCCCGUGCUGUGGCUGGGCUGGCGCGCCGACGAGCUCCUGAGCUGGAAGAGGCCGCUGCGCAGCCUGCUCGCCUUCCUGGGUGCCAACCUGCUGUUCUGGUUCCUUGCCUUGACUCCGUGGAGAGUGUAUCAUCUCAUUUCUGUCAUGAUACUUGGUCGUGUUAUCAUGCAAAUCAUCAAGGACAUGGUUUUGUCCAGGGCAAGAGGUGCACAGUUGUGGAGGAGCCUCAGUGAAAGCUGGGAAGUUAUCAAUUCCAAGCCAGAUGAAAGACCCAGACUGAGCCACUGCAUUGCAGAAUCAUGGAUGAAUUUCAGCAUAUUUCUUCAAGAAAUGUCUCUUUUCAAACAGCAGAGCCCUGGCAAGUUUUGCCUCCUGGUCUGCAGUGUGUGCACAUUUUUUACAAUCUUGGGAAGUUACAUUCCUGGGGUCAUUCUCAGCUACCUACUGUUACUGUUUGCUUUUUUGUGUCCACUGUUUAAAUGUAAUGAUAUUGGACAAAAAAUAUACAGCAAAGUCAAGUCCAUUCUAUUAAAACUAGAUUUUGGAAUUGGAGAAUAUAUUAACCAGAAGAAACGUGAGAGAUCUGAAGCAGAUAAAGAAAAAAGCCACAAGGAUGACAGUGAAAUAGACUUUUCGGCUCUUUGUCCUAAGAUUAGCCUCACAGUUGCUGCCAAAGAGUUAUCCGUGUCAGACACAGAUGUGUCAGAAGUCUCUUGGACUGAUAAUGGGACCUUCAACCUUUCAGAGGGGUACACUCCACAGACAGACACUUCUGAUGAUCUUGACCGGCCCAGUGAGGAAGUGUUCUCUCGAGAUCUUUCAGAUUUUCCAUCUCUGGAAAAUGGCGCGGGAACAAAUGAUGAAGAUGAGUUAAGCCUUGGCUUACCCACAGAGCUCAAGACAAAGAAGCAACAGUUGAACAGUGCUCACAGACCAAGCAAAGACAGGCAGUCAGCAGCUGGCCUCUCACUUCCUCUCAAGAGCGACCAAGCCCUUCACUUGAUGAGCAACCUGGCUGGGGAUGUCAUCACAGCUGCCAUGACAGCUGCCAUCAAAGACCAGCUAGAAGGGGCCCGGCAGGCCCUCGCUCAGGCGGCGCCCACUCCAGGGGACGACACAGACACUGAGGAGGGGGAUGAUUUUGAACUACUUGACCAGGCAGAGCUAGAUCAAAUUGAGAGUGAGCUGGGACUAACACAAGACCAAGGGGCAGAAGCCCAGCAAAGUAAGAAGUCCUCAGGCUUCCUUUCAAACCUGCUUGGAGGCCAUUAGCCGGGAAUCAGCUUGCCGCAAAGCACAGAUAAACCACCCAAACAUUUCAAACAAGCAGGGGGAAAAAUGGAAAAAAAAUUGAAUUGUAAGCUUUAAUUACUUUAGAUUUUUUGUUUUCUUUUCCCUUCUAUAGUGAGUUGGAUAUGUAUCAGCUGAUAAUGAUAGACUGACAUUUCUGGUAGUUAUUUUUAUGUAAUAAGCAUGGAAAUGAACUUUAUAGUUACAUAUAUACAUACUGUGGUGUCAUAAGUGCUUAGGGGCUGUUUGUAAAGAGAAACAAAAAAACCACAUCAAACCCCAUCAAACUGAGGUCUUUCUAUAAGUAAUCUUUUUCUUUAUAAUUUUCAAGCAUGCAGAGAUCGACAGCUGUGAACACACAUGGCAUCGGCCCCCUAAUUACUCCUCUUGGAAGUGGUUUAUCAAAUUCUGAUAGAUUUCAAUGUAAAAAAGGAGAAAUAUCAAAAUGUUUGUAGUUGAAGGGCUAUGGAAAUGCUAUCAAAAUUAAUUUUCUAGGAAAAACUUUAAAAAUAAGUACUAUCUAUAGGCUGAAAUAUUUCCAUGUUAUUUCUACAGUUGUAGACAGAGGCUUACUUGUCAGGUGGCAUGCUCCACUGACUGCCACAUCUAGUCUUGAAAAGAGGUGGUACUGACCCACAGAAAGCAGCCAGUUCUGUGUCUCUUCAUGAUGCUCUUGUAAUGUUUGCAAUGGUAAGUGCACACUAUUUUGCACACUCAGAUGUAAGCAAAACCUGACGUUUCUGUAAUGUGUUCCAGUCUCCUAGGAUUGUGAAUCUAGUUAUAGGUAUGUCCAUGAGUGAUGUGCUCAUUGGUGAUCAUCAACACCCCCCCUUUUUUUUUCAGUUUACAAAUGCAGAACAGAGGAACUUGCUUGAACUUUAAAGUUUAUUUCUCUGCCGCUGCACUCUCAAUAUGCAAUCCGUUUCUUACUGGGAAGCUAGUGUAUGCUUUUUCCUUUAAACUGUUUUUUUUUGAUCACUUUUACAUAAUCAAAUUUGACUUACAGUGGAAACCAAGAUAGUUGUUUUUGUGAAACAAUCUUUUAGAAGGACUGAGGGACCAUGUCAGCAAAUAUCUUAGAUCUUCAGUUAUAGCUGGCAUUUCUACACAGACACACAAGAUCCUUACAAAGGAAGGGUAAUCUAAGACUGUAGAAGUCUGUGUUUCAGUUUCAUCUCUUUUAUUUCUAAAGACUAAUUACAGGUAACUUGACCUUUUAAUGCACCAUCUCCUAUUUAUUUAUUUUUUUCUCUCUGAGGUAUUAAAAAUAUCAAGACUGAAUUUUGCCAAAUGUAAGAGGGAGGAAAGUCCCUGAAGACUCUGACUACUUGCUUAUUUUUGAUUGACCUUCUAUGCUUAUGUCAUUAGUGCCUCACAACUGUGUUUGACGUCCUUUAUUGAUACAGAGUGAGCCUGUGCCUUCAUUUUCUUGCCCAUUUUGGUACUGAUGUAAAUUUGUGUUAGAAAAUCUUGGAACUCUGUGAGUCUGGGAAGAAUAUAUCUGAAUCCUAUUCAAUACAUUUGCUGGAUGUGAAGAAAAAUACAGCCACAUAUUUAUAAAACAGUUGUUACCAGUA